AUGUCUUCUUUUUCUGUGUGUGUUCAUCAGAGGCCGGAUGAGGAGGUGGUGCUGGACCGGGGAGGUUCGAGCUCUGUGCUGAACUUCCACUACGAGAGGGAGGAAAUAGAAAGCCACAGGACUCUGUUUGUGGGGGUGCGGAUGCCCAAGCAGGGCCAUCGUCACCACAAGGCCCAUGGAUCCCGCCACCGAAAGAAAGAAAAACGGGCAGGAAGUAGCUCAAACCAGCCAACCCAGGAAUCUGAAACACCCCCGUCCAGCUAUGACACGCCUUCCCAGAGGGUCCAGUUCAUCCUGGGCACAGAGGAGGACCCUGAACAUGUGGCGCACGAACUGUUCACCGAGCUGGAUGAGAUCCGUGCGAGGGAUGGCAAGGAAGCCGAGUGGAAGGAAACAGCCAGGUGGCUGAAGUUUGAGGAAGACGUGGAGGACGGCGGCGAGAGGUGGAGCAAGCCUUAUGUGGCGACUCUCCCCCUCCACAGCCUGUUGGAGCUCCGCAGCUGCCUCGCCAAAGGCACCGUGUUGCUUGACAUGCACGCCGACUGCAUCGAGGAGAUUGCCGACAUGGUGCUGGACCACCAGGAUGCGUCCCAUGAGAUGGAUGAAAGCGUUAGAAUAAAGGUGCGUGAGGCUCUGCUGAAGAGACACUACCACCAGAACGAUAAGAAGAAGAACCUGAUUCCUAUCGUUCGUGCCAUCACAGAGGGAACCCGCAAACAGUCGGAACCCCAACUUACAGCCACGUCUCCACAGCCUGCUCCAGCUGCAGAACCAGCUAAGAACACAAUUGGACACGACAGCCUUCAACCGGUCCCCCUCAGCAAGGUGGACCUGCACUUCAUGAAGAAGAUCCCAGAGGGGGCAGAGGCCUCCAAUGUGCUCGUGGGAGAGCUGGACUUCCUCGAGAGGCCCUUCGUGGCCUUUGUCCGCCUCUCUCCUGCUGUGCUGCUCACCGGCCUCACUGAGGUGCCCAUACCUACCAGGUUCCUCUUCAUUCUUCUGGGCCCGGAUGGAAAGGCUCAGCAAUACCAUCAAAUUGGACGCUCAAUGGCGACCAUCAUGACAGACGAGAUCUUCCAUGAUGUAGCGUACAAGGCGAAGAACAGAGAUGACCUGCUUGCUGGGAUAGAUGAAUUCCUGGACAUGGCGACUGUCCUGCCGCCAGGAGAGUGGGACCCCUCUAUCCGCAUCGAGCCGCCUAAGAAUGUCCCCUCUCAGGAGAAGAGAAAGAUGCCAGGAGUCCCUAACGGUACAGCCUGCCCGGUGGAUGAAGAACUACAUGCUGAGCAGCAUGGGCCAGAGCUGCAGAGAACUGGAAGGUUGUUUGGCGGUCUGAUCCUGGACAUCAAGAGAAAAGUUCCUUUCUACCUGAGCGACUAUAAGGAUGGACUGAACCUCCAGUGUGUGGCCUCUUUCCUCUUCCUCUACUGUGCCUGCAUGUCUCCUGUUAUCACCUUUGGAGGACUGUUGGGGGAGGCGACAGAGGGACGCAUUAGUGCAAUAGAAUCCUUACUUGGUGCAUCUAUGACUGGAGUGGCCUACUCAGUGUUUUCUGGUCAGCCUCUCACCAUUCUGGGCAGCACAGGUCCGGUACUUGUGUUUGAGAAAAUCCUCUACAAGUUCUGCAAGGACUACAAUCUGUCCUAUCUGUCACUGAGGGCCUGCAUCGGCCUGUGGACGGCCCUGAUGUGCUUGACGUUGGUUGCCACGGAUGCUAGCUCUCUGGUGUGCUACAUCACUCGGUUCACAGAGGAGGCCUUCGCCGCCCUCAUCUGCCUCAUCUUCAUCUAUGAAGCCUUGGAGAAGCUAUUCCACCUGAGAGAAAUCUACCCAUUCAACACACACAGCGAACUGGACAAACUCACACUGGCAUACUGUAGGUGUGCCGAACCUGAUAAUCCCAGUAAUAAAACAUUACAGAUGUGGAGUGAGAAAAACAUCACAUCGUCUGCUGUACCUUGGACCAACCUCACUGUCACGGAGUGUAAAAAUCUGCAGGGUCACUUUGUUGGGACAGCGUGUGGCCACCAUGGCCCCUACACCCCAGAUGUUCUCUUCUGGUCCACCAUUUUGUUCUUCUUAACCUUCCUCAUGUCCGCCUUUCUCAAACAAUUCAAGACAAGUCGUUAUUUCCCCACCAGGGUGCGGUCUAUGAUCAGUGACUUUGCAGUGUUCCUCACCAUUGUCUUCAUGGUUCUGCUUGACUAUUUCGUUGGAAUACCGUCCCAGAAGUUGAAGGUGCCCAGCAAAUUCCAGCCCACCAGAGAUGAUCGAGGUUGGCUGAUUAAUCCAAUAGGACGUAACCCAUGGUGGACUAUCUUGGCUGCUUUCGUCCCUGCUCUUCUUUGCACCAUCCUCAUCUUCAUGGACCAGCAGAUCACUGCUGUCAUCAUCAACCGCAAAGAGCACAAACUACUGAAGGGCUGUGGGUACCACCUGGACCUGCUGAUUGUGGGGGUGAUGCUGGCGGUGUGCUCCAUCAUGGGCUUGCCCUGGUUCGUAGCGGCCACCGUCCUGUCCAUUUCUCAUGUCAACAGCCUGAAGCUGGAGUCGGAGAGCUCGGCUCCCGGGGAGCAGCCUCGCUUCCUGGGCAUUCGAGAGCAGAGACUCACCGGCCUCUUCAUCUUCCUGCUCAUGGGCUGCUCUGUAUUCUUUACCGGAGCCCUGCAGUUCAUUCCUAUGCCAGUGUUGUACGGAGUUUUCCUCUACAUGGGAGCCUCUUCAUUAAAUGGCAUCCAGCUCUUCGACCGCCUGAAGCUGUUCGGCAUGCCAGCGAAGCACCAGCCAGACUUCAUCUACCUGCGCCACGUCCCCCUGAGGAAGGUUCACCUGUUCACGAUCACCCAGCUCACCUGUCUGGCGCUGCUGUGGUUCAUCAAGACUUCGCCGGCUGCUAUCGUCUUCCCCAUGAUGGUGCUGGCGCUGGUUUUUGUGCGCAAACUGCUGGACUUGUGCUUCUCUAAGCGAGAGCUGAGUUACCUGGAUGAUAUAAUGCCUGAAUCGAAGAAAAAGAAUCUUGACGAUGCCUCCAAAAAGAAAGACGAGGAAUCGCAGGUGAUGCUCACUACAAACCCGGAAGAUGCAGCUACAGUUCAGAUUCCGCUGGAGAGCAGCAAGUCUGACCAGACCAUAAAAGCACAUGACCCCAGGUGUGACCCCUCUGAUAUUAAUAUAUCCGACGAAAUGUCUAAAACCACCGUGUGGAAAUCCCUCAACUCCAAUCCUCGUCCCGUGGCUGCUAAGAAGGCAAGGUGGCAGCGUGUCGGAGCAGCGUUGAAGUGUGAGAUGAACCAUGGAGGGGUGCAGGAGGCCAGUCACUAG